AUGUCUUUGACCAACAGUCAGUAUGGAUUUAUCACAACUGUUCGUGCAUCGACACGUCACAACACGUCAAAGGCUGAUAGUAAACGAGAUGUGGUCAUGGCUAUUAACAAGCUAAAGUCGGAACAAAUGGACGUAGGGGUUGCCAUUCUUGAUUUUGAAACAUAUGAACUUUCAUUGAUGGAGUUUUGUGACACCCUGUUGUUUGCUAGAACUGUAAACCAAAUCAACAUCUACCAACCUACCAUUGUCAUUGCUCCAGAUGGAUCUAACCUGCAAUUCGAAAAGUUGAGAUACAUUCUUGCAUCAAACUUGGAUGAAACUGUUCAACAGCAAUUAGUAAAGGCGAAAUCAUUUGAUGCUGCUUGUGGGGUAGAACUACUCAAGACUCAUCUGCAUACACAAGGACCUGAAAUGUCAGCACUGUUGAGUGAUUGUGGGCUAUCUGUCGGUGCUGCCGGUGCCUUACUUACUUGUUGCUUAGAAUCAAAUUUGCUCAAACAGUCAAACAGGGUUAGAAUAAAUAUAGUCGAGAAUGCCAAAUUUAUGCUAAUUGACGCGAGUACUAUAAGAGACUUGGAGCUUGUCUCCAGUCUCAAUGGUAAUGGAACAACAUUCUUCUCAUUCUUGAACAAAUGUACCACAAAAAUGGGACAAAGGUUAUUACGAACAUCAAUAAGACAGCCGUUAACAAAUGUUGAGAGUAUUAAAUUGAGGUUGGAGUCGGUGACGGAGUUGAUUUCCCAAGAGAACAUGUUGUUUGCUAUUAAGAAUGUGUUGAAAAAAUUUCCAGAUUUGGACAAGUUAUUUGCAAGCUUCUUAAACCCCGAAUCGAAUAUUAGCCAAGAGCUGAUGAUCAACAAUAUACUUUCCUUAAAGUCUACUCUAUUGCUUUGCAGCGAGCUACUCAACUGUUUAGAGCCCAGCGAGUCACCGUUGAUUGUCCAAGUGAGUGAUAUUUUGAAACAUGAAAAUAUUGGAACGGCGAUUUUGUUGAUAAACAAACUCAUACACGAGGACUGCCGCCUGGCGAAAAGAAGCAUAGAUGUUGCACACCAGAGGGCGAAUGCCGUAAAGUCCGGAGUCAAUGGCUUGCUCGAUGUGUCACGCAACGUUAGGGAAACAAUCUUGGAGCAAGUUAAUGAAUAUGUGCAAAACAUCUCUGUGGAGAAUGGCGCAGUGGUUGACUACAGGUAUGAUAAAUCGAGGGGAUUUUUUUUGAGAAUAAAGUGCACUGCGUUUGAUAAUCCCGAUUUCAUAAACAUAAUUAAGAAAAAGAAUGGCAUUGAGUGUACAACCAUUGAUUUGUUGAAACAAAGCUCAAGAUUGAGUGGAAUCAUGGCCGAGAUAAAUAACAUAAGCAGUAUAAUCAUACUGGAAUUGUAUGAACAAAGUUGUGAAAAUACUCCAAUUUUUUUCAUGAUUGCCGAAGCAAUUGCCACAGUGGACUUGUUGUGCAGUUAUGCCAGUUUUGUUAGCUCACAAACCAAGUCAUACGUGUGUCCUGAAUUUGGAAAAUACAUUCAUGUUCGGCAAUCCCGACACCCCAUACUUGAGCAAGUGGUCCUUGACUUCGUUCCCAAUGACUAUUCAUGCGUUCCUGAAAUUUCAAGGUUCCAAAUCAUCACCGGCGCCAAUAUGAGUGGGAAAUCCGUCUACUUGAAGCAAAUCGCGUACAUCUUGAUAAUGUCACAAAUGGGCCUCUAUGUCCCCGCCGAUUAUGCUACGAUAAAGAUCCACAAGAGCAUAUUUUCGAGGAUUUCUUCCGACACUACUGAUUUGGAUGCGUCAUCUUUUUCUAAUGAAAUGACGGAGAUAUGCAGGAUUUUGAAAAAUGCAGAUCUGGAGAGCUUUAUCAUUAUUGAUGAAUUAGGAAGGGGCUCAAGUUUAAGAGAUGGAUUUUCCAUUUGUCUUGCUCUACUCGAACAUUUAAUCACCACACGCGCUUCGGUAUUCACGACGACCCAUUUCAAAGAAAUCGCUGAGAUCUUAGGUAGCAAGUCGUGUGUUUUGGCCUCGCAUAUGAAGACAAUUGAGGCUGACGGGAAAUUGGAGUCCAAGUUCAAGUUGGAGCCAGGGAAACUUGAAUUUGAUCGGUAUGGUAUUAGAUAUGCAGAAUCAUCUCAAAUGUUACCGCCGGAGCUAUUACGAGAAUCGAAAUCAAUUGCUGAAAUUUUGAAGCUGCAAGUGUUACAGUGUAACGAUCCACAUUCAAAGUUGGUUUCCAAACGGAGAAAGUUGGUGUUGGAAUUAUACUUUGCUUUGAAUCAAAUGCGCACUUUGGAUUGCGACUCCUCAUACAAGCUAGAUUUGUUGCGUACUUUACAAACAAAGUUUGUGGAAGAAAUUAAUGAUAUGUCGACUUGA